UGAAAGCCAAAGCGGCAAUUUUGACAGACACGAAAGUUAUUUUUUUCAUUUUCUGUCAUAACAAUGCAAAAACAACUUUUGGGUCAUGUCGUAUCGAGAACCAGAACAAAAGAUCUAAAACCAAUUCUAGAACGUUGGGGCUGGCUGGAACAAGAAGUAGAACAGAUUGAUCUUAGUAAAACAAAAAGAGAGAUCACGAAUUCCCUUAUUGAAGUUUGCAAUCAAAAAGAGGGCUUAUCAAGAGAUGUAUGUGGAGAAUUGGAUCUGAUUUGUACACAAGAGUAUUCAACAAAGAAACAAUGGAGUGUGUUUUUAAUGGAGAAAGAUGAUGAACAUUAUAUAAGUGACAGCAAUUUAUCCAAUCCCUUGAAACUGAAGAAGAAGCUGAAGAGUGAAAUAACAGUAUUUUUUGAGAGAGAGAAUGUUGUAUCUGUAAGAAUGUUAAAUGGUGUGUUGUGGAUGAGGGUGUACAUACAGAGCGGUCCUAGAAACAUGUACCGUAGCAGUGAUACAGUCUACAUUAUAUAUUAUCCUCGGACUCAGUAUAUCCUCCUCAGUAGAUAUAAAAAAUCAGUUGAAAGCUAUUUGAUACAGAGUAUUCAAAAUGUAAUGGGAUGUGACAAGUUGACAAACAGUCUUCUAACUGGUAUCCACUAUGAGUCACUACUACAGCUGGCAUUAGACAGGAAAAGUCAGGGAGAUUUUAGUAGAUACAGAUUACAACAGGUACAAAAUUUACCUCUUCUGCAAAAGUCACCACAGAAAAGAAAAGUUUCAGAAUUUGAGAGAGAACCUAAUUUACAUUGUGAAGAUGAAAGACAUAAAAGACAAAGAACAGAAGAACUUGAUGAAUGCUUUGGACCAAAUGAACAACCACUUCUUCAAAAACUAGAAUUUAAGGUCGCUGUGAAGUUCCGAGGAACCAGUGCUAUACCUUCCAUACCAGUUGACGACAUGCAGCCUUUCCGAUGUCGAGUUAAAUUUGAAGGACCAUCAGUAAUAGACGGUAUCAGAAACUUGGCAGAAUGUGGACUUGUCACAAUGCCAUAUCCAAAGUAUUUACGAUCAGUACAUACCCUUGGAAAAAAUCAUAUUAAACUCGCAGAUAAAACUGCCAUGCAACAUAAUGUUAGUCAAGUUAACCAGUCUCAUGCGGAACAGAAUGAAAAUACACCUGCCAAGAAUACAAGGUCAAGGUCAAAACCAAGAACCAGAACUAGGACAUAAUUGUGUAACAAACAUGGUAUAUCUAUAAGCAUAGUGAUAUAUAUAUAUAUUGUCUUUUGAGAAAUUUGACAAUGAUAUAGUUGAUUUUUUUAUGUGUAAUUAUUGUACAUGCUUGUAUUGUUAAUCUAGAAAGUGUAAACAUAUUGUAUAUUGUGUAUCAAAAAAGUAUAAAAUAUUGUACAUGUUAUAAUUUGUUUGUAAAAAAACCUGUCAGCUUGACAUUUCAGUUUUGGUGUGGUCAGGCAAGUUUUCUUAAAGAGUUGUAACGUUUCUACCAAAAAAUAUCACAAAGUACCAAGGAUAACUCAUUAGUCAAAUAGAUUGAUUUUGAAUCAGCUAUUUGAUUAGGCUUUCUCACUGAAUGUUUGAAAAACUGACUAUGAGAUUGAUAGGUCUUCAAAACUUCCAUAGCAAAACUUUAAAACCUGAAAUAUUUUUAAUAUGCUUGCCUUCCAACCUUUGAGGACAGGAAAUUAAAUUGUUAUGGAACUAAAAUAAAUAAAUACUAUGAAGUGUAAACUUACUUUUAAAACUCUUGAAAAUAGAAUUAUCAUGAAUUAUCUUUGAUGAGUAGUUCUGACAAUAGGGUUGGUCAGUGGUUUAUAUCCCUUUUCAAAGUAGAAAUGUAGAGAAAAUUUGGCAUGUUAGAUCAAUUUUUUCAUAGUUUUUGGUUUAAUGUCAGAUCCACAGCAUCAGAAUUUUUUUUGUAAAGGUAGAAAGAUCUACAUCUUUGAUAGAUUGAAUGUCUAUACAAAAACCAACUUUGCACAUAAAUGUUUUACCUUGUCGAGUUUAGAUCAUUGCCUAAAUGUUUUGAUGCAAGAAAUUUUCUAUAAGUCAUUUUUGAAUAAUGGAAAAGAAAAAAGUUUAUCUUGACUCAAAUUUUAAGCAUCACUGAAUUUUUUUAGGAAUUAAGCAACAAUAUUUCAGAUUUGAAUGAAAUUCUGGAUGGAAACAUAGAUAUCUAUGAAAGUCCAUAAAAAAGUCGCCAUUCAACAUAUAAUGAAUUGGAGACUCAAAUUAAUUUUUCCACUAAUUGACUAAGUCAUUAACAAAUUACAAUUUUAUCCUUAAAAGAAUUUUGUGUUGAUCACAGAUCUCUGAUAAUCUGUGCUAUAAUUAUUCACUAAUUGUCUAGACUCCAGCAGAUUAAGACCUUGACAUAUAGUAAAGGCAUAUGUCUGUUAUUAACUGUGUGUUUACCACAUGUCUUAAAUUGUUGUUUUUCAUGCAAUGGGUUGCUUUGGCAAUGACAUAUACCAUAUGUAUUCCUUUUACAUAUGUUCAAAAAUUAUCACCACUCUCUUACUUUUAAACUCCUUGGAGUCCAGGAAUAAAACUUGGAUCGAUUAUUCAACCUCUACUAAAAGUGUCUUGCACAUAAAAUAAAGCUAUUUGUUGAUGAUCAUGGUUAAACAGUUCAUUCAACUAAGACACCCCUGGUCAUUUGCAUGUGCUUGGAAUAACACUUGUUGAAUCACAAUUUACUCAUUUACAUCCCUUUUUAUGACUUUAUUUUUAUGUAUUUCAUUCAUUGAGGUAUUUUGGACAUCUCCUUUAAUUCAGGGGUACAUGUAUAUUCUCUUGGUCAAGUGUUGGAUCCAAAGUAACCCAUCAACCCACAAUGUAUCCUUUUUCAUUUCAAUGUUUCUUACAGCUGUUGUCUAAAAAUACAACCCAAUCCAUUAAGUUUUGGAAUAUUUAUCUAGUUACACUUUCAAGUUGGGAUUAUCAAUUAUCAAAUAUGGACUGAUGAUUCAUAUAAUGCUGACUGUGAAAUUGGAAAUAUUUAAGAUGAAAUACAUUUUUAAUCAUGAUUGCAAACAAAUGUUUUAUCAAAUCUUUUUUUUAAUUUGAAAAACACUUUAAUGAGGCAUAACAGACAUAAACAUAUUGUGCUUUGUUGUAUUAGUGAAUAUGCUUCAGACUGAAUUUCUCUUUGUUGUGAAGUCUUAAUUUUUAUAGACGUAUUAUGGUAUACCUCUGUCUGUCUGUCCGUCCGUCUGUCGUCAACAUGUUUGACAAUAACUCAAAAACACUUUUACCAAUUUGCAUGAAACUUUGGUGAAUUGUUUAUAUCUAUUGACAUAUGCUCCCUUUCGAUUUUUACAAUUUUAGAUUUUACGUUUCUGAGCUCUGGGGUUUUAUUCAUUAAAAAAGGUGGAUUUUCCAGUUUUGGACAAUAACUCAAAAAUGCUUUGAGGAGUUUUCAUGAAACUUUGGUGAAUUGUCUAUAUCUAUUGACUCAAGCUCCCUUUUGAUUUUUAUAAAUUUUAGACUUUACAUUUCUGAGUUAUGGGAUUUUGUUCAUAAAAAAGGGGGGAUUUUCCAGUUUUCAGACAAUAACUCAGAACAUGCUUUAAGCAGUUUCAUGAAACUUUGGUGACUGGUUUAUGUCUAUUAAAAUAACCUCCCUUUAGUUUUUUUUUAUAAAUUUCUGAUAUGACCUUGAGGAGUUAUGGAACUUUAUUCGUUGAAAAAGCAACUGGUGUAUCAUGCGCUCAUGGCGCAGCUAGUAUUAGUGUUAAAUCAAGAGGUUAAUCUCAUGGAGAGAUAUUUGUUAACACAAAUUUGAUCUCAUAACAAAUUAGCUGCUGCACUAAAAACACAUAACAAAUAUGUCAUGUUUAUUGUUGAAUAACAAAAAAAUAGUGUAAAUGCUCAUUAGGUUAACAGUCAAACAAAAUAUUAUUGAAAAUAUGAUUUUUUUAUAAACAGUUUGUAUAUACAUGUUUCAAGACAGUUUGACAAUGGAAUUUUUAAUGGUUUAUGUUUUGUGACUCUAUGCCAUGAACACAGUGUUUAGUUGUUGUCUGCUUAAUAUGGUUAUACAAAUAAUGAUUAUAUUAUAAGUACAAGUUUUUAAAGUUGUAGCAAAUCCUAUAAAAAUUUCCAAUUCAGAAAAUUUAAUGCAAAGAACCAUUGUAACUGAUUAUUUUGCUUAGAUUAUCAAACUUUUUAGCUGUCUUUAGGAUAAUUGAUCAUUGAUAUACACCACAUCUUCUUUUAUAUUUAUUAUUUAGAAAAUGAAUCAUAUAUUUUUAAUUUGAUGCAUUCCAUUUUGAAACUAUUGGAACUUUUGUAA